AUGACGCAUUACUGGAUCAUCAUAACCAUCUCAUGGAUCGGGUCAGCCAGCCUACAGUACAUCAACUCCGCUGGGAUGGAUGGAGAAACCUUUAUGGACCCCUUAGACUCUAGCGUCCACUUUCCUCCUCUUCCUUACGUGAACUACUUCAACUACCCUUCGAGAAACGACUACGAAACGAUACAAAAUGAUGAAAAUGUUGACCACAGCGAGUUUUACCCACGAAACCACGAUCAAACGGAAGUUCAAAGAAAGCGACGCACAGUUGACGAUCAAAGCGGCCCAGCAGAACCCUGGAAACCUAAUCUUGUUGAUCUAGACAAAACACUUUACAUACGCAACGACGAUAAAACCAAUCCAUUCAUUAUCAAAGGGUUGUCUGGAAGGCUAGAAGAAAAUGCUACUGAUUUGAUCAAUUCCAUAGAGAAAAGAAGCUUUAGUCCCUGGGGUGGAAAAAGGGAUGCCAUCGAACAUAUGUGGACCUGGAAACGGUCUCAAGCCAUAAGGGAACCCAGUAUGCCGAAGCGAGUUCGUUUCAGUCCUUGGGGAGGAAAGCGAAGCGGACAAAUGAUUUACAAACCAGGCGCAAAAGCUUCCAAGGUAAUUUUUUCAACCUCAGUACCAGAAUUAACUCGAAUCGUAUCGAACUAUUCACCUAAAGGAAGAUUGGAUUUGGCCGGGUUUCAGAUCGUACCAUCACUCGACAAGCGACACCCAAUCAAAAUACUCGCUCUUAGUACUCAAUUUGACGAAAAAACUGCUAAGGACGCGCUCCCUUUCAAUACAUUCAUGGAAAACCUCCCGAAAUACUUUAAAUUGGGGCAUCCCUAUUUAGACGUAAAUUUAAAGAAAGAUGGUAAGAGGAAAGUUAAAUUUAGUGCGUGGGGUGGAAAGCGAUCCCCUCCUAUCAUUGGACCUAUUUGGACACCGGCGGCGCAAAACGUAAAGGAUUCAACUUUGGAUAGCAUUGUAUUGAUUCGAAAUCGUGAAAACGAAGAUGUAUAA